CCGACAGCGUCCCGGGCCCAUCCCGAGCUGUGCCAUCGCGCCAAUACCGGGGCCCCCAGCCCCGCGACUCUGGGGCGCGCCCGCCUCCAGCGCCCGGGGAGGAGAGCACCAAGGCGUCCCGCUUCCUGCCCAGUGAUUUGAACUUUUGAGAUGUCUCCAUUAACUGGAAAAUCAAUUAUCUUUGAUAACUUUCCUGAUCCUUCUGAUACAUGGGAAAUCACUGAAACGAUUGGGAAAGGAACUUAUGGGAAAGUUUUCAAAGUGUUGAAUAAGAAAAAUGGCCAAAAAGCAGCUGUCAAAAUUCUGGAUCCAAUUCACGAUAUCGAUGAAGAGAUUGAAGCAGAGUAUAGCAUCUUAAAAGCACUUUCUGAACACCCUAAUGUGGUCAGAUUCUAUGGGAUGUACGUUAAGAAGGAUAAAAUAAAUGGAGAUAAGCUGUGGCUGGUUCUCGAGCUGUGCAGUGGAGGCUCGGUGACUGACCUUGUGAAAGGAUUUCUGAAGCGGGGUGAAAGAAUGAGCGAGCCCAUAAUUGCCUAUAUUUUACACGAAGCACUGAUGGGACUUCAUCAUUUGCAUAACAACAAAACCAUCCACCGUGAUGUGAAAGGAAAUAACAUCCUAUUGACGACUGAAGGCGGAGUUAAACUAGUUGAUUUUGGCGUGUCCGCCCAGCUCACCGGCACCUGGCACCGUCGGAACACAUCAGUAGGAACGCCGUUCUGGAUGGCUCCUGAGGUGAUUGCAUGUGAGCAGCAGCUGGAUUCCACCUAUGAUGCCAGAUGUGACACGUGGUCCCUGGGCAUCACGGCCAUUGAGCUGGGGGACGGGGACCCCCCACUUGCGGACUUGCACCCCAUGAGAGCACUCUUCAAAAUCCCAAGGAAUCCACCUCCGAAACUAAGGCAGCCUGAGCUAUGGUCACCAGAAUUCAAUGACUUUAUUAGCAGGUGCUUGACAAAAGAUUAUGAAAAGCGCCCAACAGUGUCCGAUCUUUUACAGCAUAAAUUCAUUACCCAAGUUGAGGGCAAAGAUGUAAUGUUACAGAAACAGCUCAUGGAAUUCAUUGAUGUUCAUCAGCGCGUGGGAAGCACUGAAAAAGCCAGACAUGAACGUAUUCACACCAAGAAAGACAAGUUCAACAGAUCUCUAGUUUCUCAUCUGAAAGACGUAGAUGAUUUAGCAACCCUGGAAGUUUUGGAUGAGAAUACAGUCUCAGAGCAACUUGAGACGUGUUACGCCAGGGAUCAGGUCUACAUCUAUGUGGGAGAUGUGCUGAUUGCUCUUAACCCUUUCCAGAGACUCGGCCUUUAUUCCACAAAGCAUUCCAAACUGUAUAUUGGAGCAAAGAGAACUGCCAAUCCGCCUCACAUUUUUGCAAUGGCUGACUUAGGGUACCAAUCUAUGGUCACAUAUAAUUCAGACCAGUGCAUCGUAAUUUCUGGAGAAAGUGGUUCUGGGAAGACUGAAAGUGCUCAUCUUCUAGUUCAGCAGUUGACAGUGCUUGGAAAGGCUAAUAACAGAACACUGCAAGAGAAGAUUUUACAAGUGAACAAUUUGGUUGAAGCCUUUGGUAAUGCCUGCACAAUUAUAAAUGACAAUUCCAGCCGAUUUGGAAAAUAUUUAGAAAUGAAAUUCACCUCUUCUGGAGCUGUAGCAGGAGCACAGAUUUCUGAAUACCUUUUGGAGAAAUCCAGAGUUAUACACCAAGCUCUUGGAGAAAAAAACUUUCAUAUUUUUUACUACAUCUAUGCUGGUUUGGCUGAAAAGAAAAAACUAGCCCAUUACAAGUUGCCUGAAGAUAAACCUCCCAGGUACCUACAAAGUGACCACCUCAGAACAGUGCAGGAUCUGAUGAAUAACAGUUUCUACAAAUCCCAGUAUGAAUUGAUUGAGCAAAGUUUCAAAGUCAUAGGUUUUACAAUGGAGGAACUUGGAAGCAUAUAUAGUAUACUCGCCGCCAUCUUAAAUGUUGGGAACAUUGGGUUUUCUUCUGUGGCGACGGAACACCAGACUGACAAGAGCCACAUUUCCAACCGCGCGGCUCUGGAAAACUCUGCUUCUCUGCUUUGCAUCCAGGCAGAGGAGCUGCAGGAAGCUGUCACCUCCCAUUGUGUGGUCACUAGAGGAGAGACGAUCAUACGCCCCAACACUGUAGAAAAAGCCACUGAAGUCAGAGACGCUAUGGCUAAAACUUUAUACGGCCGCCUCUUUAGUUGGAUCGUCAGUCGCAUUAACAGUUUGUUGAAGCAUGACACAUCAUCAAGUGGGAAUGGUGAUGAACUGAGCAUUGGAAUUCUUGAUAUAUUUGGCUUUGAAAAUUUCAAAAAAAAUUCCUUUGAGCAGCUGUGUAUUAACAUUGCAAAUGAACAAAUUCAGUAUUAUUUCAACCAACAUGUGUUCGCAUGGGAACAGAAUGAAUACCUGAAUGAAGAUAUCGAUGCGAGAGUUGUUGAAUAUGAAGAUAACUGGCCCCUCUUAGACAUGUUUCUGCAGAAACCAAUGGGUUUGCUCUCCCUUCUUGAUGAAGAAAGUAGAUUCCCCAAGGCCACUGACCAGACACUUAUCGAUAAAUUCGAAGGUAACCUGAAAUCACAGUACUUCUGGAGGCCUAAAAGAAUGGAACUUAGCUUUGGAAUUCACCAUUGUGCAGGAAAGGUCCUCUAUAAUGCAAGUGGGUUCUUGGCUAAAAAUAGAGACACCCUUCCAACUGAUAUUGUGCUACUUUUGAGGUCAUCAGAAAACAGUGUCAUUCGGCAACUUGUCAACCACCCUCUGGCAAAAACAGGCAAUCUGCCAUAUUCUAGAACUAAAAACAUCAUAAGCUAUCAAAUGAAAACUUCAGAAAAAUCAAUCAACCUGACAAAGGGUGAAAAUGGAGAAGCCACACGUCAUACCAGAGAGGCAACCAACGUGAAAAUGCAAACAGUCGCAUCAUAUUUUAGAUAUUCCCUGAUGGAUUUGUUGUCUAAAAUGGUGGUGGGACAGCCUCAUUUUGUUCGUUGCAUCAAACCUAAUAACGAUCGCCAGGCAAGAAAAUAUGACAAGGAGAAAGUUCUGCUGCAGCUUCGCUACACAGGAAUUCUCGAAACAGCAAGAAUUCGGAGGCUAGGCUAUUCCCAUCGGAUACUUUUCGCUAACUUCAUAAAGCGGUACUCGAUCCUGUGCUACAAGUCCAGCGAGGAUCCCCCUGUCAGUCCCGACACCUGUGCCGCCAUUCUGGAAAAAGCCGGCCUCGACAACUGGGCUCUUGGAAAAACCAAAGUGUUCCUUAAAUAUUAUCACGUGGAACAGUUAAAUUUAAUGAGAAAGGAGACCAUCGACAAGCUUAUUUUGAUUCAAGCCUGUGUCAGAGGAUUCCUGGGUUCGAGAAGGUACCUAAAAAUACAGCAGAAAAGGAAAGAGAGCGCUAUAAUAAUACAGUCAGCUGCAAGAAGACAUCUAGUCAAGAAACAAAGAAAAGAAAUUGUUAACUCAAAAAACGCAGCAGGAACAAGCAUUCAGACCCAUGACCAAGAAUUUGACUACAAGAAAAACUUUGAAAAUAAAAGGGAAUCUUUUGAGAAGAAACAAAUAGAAGAUGCCAUCUCAACUAACGAAACCGUCAGUCCGGCUCCUAAUAAUAGAGGAAGCACACGUGCAGGGAAGGCCUCUCUUCUCAGAGCCAAAGAGGAAGCCCCUCAUGCUGUGGAGAGUAACGACAGAAGCUUUCAAACUCAGAAAAAAAUGAAUAACGCACAUGGGGAAGAAGCUGAGCAAGAAUCGCAUCUGGCCGGGGAUGCUUGGGCAGAACUGAGCCUCAAACAGAAGAAUCUCAAAGACCUGGAAGAAGAAACCAGGGUAAGGGGAGUGGAGAAAGACGAUGCUAUGGCCCAGAGCUACCCUCAGAGGUACCCAGAGGGGAGAAAUCCUGAAGAAUCCAAACCAGCACGUCUAGAAAGGAAGGGGACAUCAGAAAGGCCCAACCACGCAGGGCCCUGGCUAGCCGAGAAUGGGACCAAGCAGCCUUCUCUUAAGAACACUUUGGAACCCAGCAGCCAAAGAUCAGUUUAUCAAAAUGCAGAUUGCAAGGAAAAAGAGAGGUCUGCGUCUGUGGUUACCCAUCACGCACCGGCGUGCAGCCAGGAGGGAAACCCAGCCGGAGAGCAGCAGGCUGAGCAGGCGGCCCAGGGCCUGGAAGAAGACAGGGCGGCCAUGUCCACCCAGGGCAGAUGCCACGGUUACGAGGGGAGGCAGCUGUCAGGCCAGGAUGGGCUGUUGUCUUCUCGUAAGAGUCAAGAGGUUGUUGCAACAACAGCGGAAGUAGCCAAUUCGUCCUCCUGUCCCAGAAAACAUAAGGGAAUCUGCAAUAUCAAGGUGGGGGAUGGCAAAGAUGCAAAAGCAGUCUCUGAAAAUGAAACAUGCGAUUUGGCAAUCUUUACGAAUCAGAUAUCACAGUUAUCUGAAGGAUAUUUCAUUCUGCAGAAAAAACUGAAUGAAGUGAUUUUGCCACAGCAGCUGAAGCCUCUGUAUCUGGGUGUCUGUCCCCAAAAGCCAGUCAGUCGACGGGUUCCUUGUCAUCAGCACCUCUCAGGUAUCUCUAAAGGAGAAGAGCCAAAAAUACUGAGACCUCCACGACGACCCCGGAAGCCCAAAACAUUAAAUAACCCUGAAGAUUCCACGUACUAUUACCUGCUACAUAAGUCACUCCAAGAAGAAAAACGAAGACCAAGGAAAGACAGUCAAGGAAAAUUAUUAGAUUUGGAAGAUUUCUAUUAUAAGGAAUUUUCACCCAAUCAUUCUGGACCAAAGGAUUGUAACCAUGGUUCAAGAGAACAAAGACCACAGAAAGCACUCCAGAAUCAAUGUUUUAAGGCUGAAGACAGGUGCCCGGCAGCGGAGAGCCCGGAGGAGGAGGAGGAGGAGAGCGGGCCGCCAGCCAGCCCCUACGACUACCGGAGACUCCUGCGCAAAACCUCCCAGCGCCGGCGCCUCGUCCCGCAGUUCUAGCCCCGCUGCUCCGCGGCCAGCGCCGUGUCCUGGGCUCGGGCGCUGGCACCACGGGGCGCUGAAGCCGCCGCCCGGGCCUCGGCAAGGGCUGCCCCGCUGCGCUCGCCCCCCAAGGCCCCGGCCUGGGCCCUCCUCUCUGACCAGCCUGACCAGCCCGCCACCGGGGCGUCCCUGUCCCCGGCCCCCUAACGUAGCUCGUGGUUCUCUGGUUUGUGGCUUGUCUUGGUGGCCCGGACUGCGCCUGAGCU